GGUGUUCGUGGCCCUUGAUUUGCUGCCUUCUUGUGCACACGUUAGGGAUUUAGCCGGACAAGAUUGGACGGAAACGGCAAACCGGAGAGAAAGUCCGGACUCCACGGUCUUCUGUCCAGCCAGGCGGCCCUAAGAAGAAGAGAAAAAGGGGACGAUACGAGAGAUUGAAGCAAGAAGGGUGGACCGGCGGCCGCUCGCCGUUGGCAACGGAGGCAUCGAGCGGCCUUCCGUUUCCACUGAUAAAAACUGUGCUAUACUGAUCUGCCUAACAUUUGGAUAUGGGAACAGGGAAUUCUUUGUGGCUUCUCACAAAGAAGACUCUAACAGGUGCACUAAUUGGUGUCACCAUUUCAGACAGAUAUGUGACAGCCUCUCCUGUAAGGGGCAGUUCUAUGCAUCCUACAUUUACAGGGAGUUCUACUAGCUUUCCUGGUUCUUUGAAAGGCGAUGUUAUAUUAGUUGAAAGAUUCUGCCUGCAAAAGUAUAAGUUCUCGCAUGGGGAUGUGAUAAUUUUCCGGACUCCAACUAACCAGAAGCAGUUGUUUGUUAAGAGAUUAAUUGCUUUACCUGGUGACUGGAUCCAGGUUCCAGAGUCAUCUGAGAUACUGCAGAUCCCAGAAGGGCAUUGCUGGGUUGAAGGUGACAAUCCAGCUUCUAGUUUGGACUCAAGAUCUUUUGGCCCUAUUCCUUUGGGUCUAGUUCAAGGGAGGGUGACCCAUGUAAUCUGGCCACCCCAAAGAAUAGGUCAAGUAGAGAGAAAAAUGCCAACAGGGAGAAUUUCACCAUACUGAUCUGUUUUAUUUAAAGAUUUUCCUUCCAUUUCAAGCUCUCUCUCUCUCUCUCUCUCUCUCUCUCAUUUUGGUCUGCUCCAUUUGCAAACCUAAUGGUUCCCAAUAUUAUGCAUUGUAGGCAAUUCCUGAAAAUAUGACAUUACAAAAACUUUGUAACAUUCAUUCUUCUUACAACAUUAUUACUUAUCAUGUUUGUAUAUUUUUGGAAUUUUGACCUGUGACCUAAUGAACUAAUUUUUCUCUUUAAAAUCAUUGAAACUUGAUUGCUUCUGCAAUUA